CUGGGCUGGCCUUCCGCUGCCUGGUGAUCUCAUAUUUGCGUCGUGGUGUCCGCGAGUCUGCAGGAGUGUGAGAGCCUAUGCCGACCCCGCGCACGAAACACGCACCCACUUGGGGAUCCAGCCGCCUGUUUACAGACGCCACUCCUUCGGCGGGCGGUGCUGCUCAGGCCCUCCCCUUUCCGCCUGGCCUCUGCCCCGCCCCUUGUUUGUUGGCCCCAGCUGUCCCGGCCGUCUCCCGCGCAGAGAGGCUGGGCUUUUAGGCGCCGCUGAUCCGGAGGUCGCCCUGGGCCGAGAGUGCUGGCCGGCCAAGGCCGGCGGGGACGCGGCCGGGUCUAUGCUGGGCAAGGAUUACAUGUUGGCCAUCAUUCUGGUCAACUGCGAUGGUGUGCACGGAGGGUCCCAGUGGGAGGACCGGGAGCUGAGGGGAGACGAGGGACUGCGAGAAGCUACCCCGAAGCUCAAAGACAGGGUGGGGGGACACAUUUCUGGGUGAAGACCAGGGAAUGAAGGAACCCUUAUCUUUGCAUCGCGAUAUCUCCGAGGUUGGAGAGCCUGGACCUCCAGCCUAAAAGCUGUCUCCUUUGGGAUCGAGGUAGGGUUAUGGCAGGAUGUUAUGCUAAACCCACAUAUAAUAUGCUGUCCUUCCCCUCACCCCGUGUUCUUGUAGAUGACUUAUGGGGGGAUCAGAGUCUGGAGUGGGAGUCAGGUCUUCCCCCUGGCUGGAGAAAAAUCCGCGAUGCUGCAGGUACUUACUAUUGGCAUGUACCCAGCGGCAGCACCCAGUGGCAACGCCCGACCUGGGAGCUAGGAGAUUCAGAAGACCCAGGCACGGGAAUGGAGAGGAUAUGGGGCCUGCGGCCCCCCAAGGGGAGAUCCUUCUCCAGCCUGGAGAGCUCACUGGACCGGAGUAACUCCCUGUCCUGGUAUGGUGAGGAAUCCUACAUCCAGAGCCUGGAGCCAGGGGCUAAGUGCUUUGCAGUUCGCUCUCUGGGCUGGGUAGAGGUACCCGAGGAGGACCUGGCACCAGGGAAGAGCAGCAUCGCAGUCAAUAACUGUAUCCAGCAGCUGGCCCAGACCCGUGGCCGGAGCCAGAUCCCAGAUGGUGCCUGGGGUGAGGGCCAAAACAUGCUGAUGAUCCUGAAGAAAGAUGCCAUGAGCCUGGUGAAUCCCCUGGACCACAGUCUGAUCCACUGCCAGCCUCUGGUGCACAUUCGUGUAUGGGGUGUGGGCAGCUCCAAGGGCCGUGACAGCACCAUCUCUGACCCUGCCAGGGAUUUUGCUUUUGUGGCGGGUGACAAAGACAGCUGUAUGCUCAAGUGCCAUGUGUUUCGCUGUGACGUCCCUGCCAAGGCCAUCGCCAGUGUCCUACAUGGACUCUGUGCCCAGAUCUUGUCAGAGCGAGUAGGGGUCAGUGGUGGUACUCCUUGCUGUUCUCUAGACCCCAUCUCCCCUGAAGACCUGCCUCGGCAAGUGGAGCUGCUGGAUGCGGUGAGCCAGGCUGCUCAGAAGUAUGAGGCAUUGUACAUGGGGACCCUGCCAGUCACCAAAGCCAUGGGCAUGGAUGUGCUGAACGAGGCCAUUGGUAUCCUCACUGCUCGGGGUGACCGGGACACUUGGGUCCCCACCGUGCUCAGUGUGUCUGACUCUCUCAUGACUGCACAUCCUGUUCAGGCAGAGGCUGGUGCAGAGGAGGAGCCGCUGUGGCAGUGCCCUGUGCGCCUUGUGACCUUCAUUGGUGUUGGCCACGACUCACACACCUUUGGCCUUAUCGCUGACCUGGGCCACCAGAGCUUCCAGUGUGCAGCCUUCUGGUGCCAGCCCCAUGCAGGGGCACUCUCCGAAGCUGUGCAGGCUGCCUGCAUGGUUCAGUACCAGAAGUGUCUUGUGGCCUCUGCAGCUCGGGGCAAGGCCUGGGGUGCCCAGGCCCGUGCCCGCCUGCGGCUCAAGCGGACCAGCUCCAUGGACUCCCCAGGAGGUCCCCUGCCUCUCCCCCAGCUUAAAGGAGGGGUUGGGGGUGCAGGAGCAGCCCCUCGAAAGCGGGGUGUCUUUUCUUUUCUUGAUUCCUUCCGGCUGAAACCCUCUCUGCUCCAUAUGCCCUAAAUUGAUCUGAGAGGACUGGGGAAGGAGACUCUGGGUCCAUGACCAGCUCUACUCCCUUCAUUCCCCAGGGGCCUGCAGCCUCUCACCCCUUGGAGCCUUCUCUGCCUGCCCCUCCGGUCCUUGCCUACCUUCUGUUUUUUGCCCAAUUUAUUGUUUGUAUGAAUGAUUGAGAGGCUCUGCAUCACAACCUAGGCUCCUGGCUCCGCUUUCCUUGGGUUCCUGUAUUCCUUGUCCCUGUUCAGCCCUGGACAGUUGGCUCUACCUCAGCAACACUUUAUAGCAAAACCAGUGCAAAUAAAAUCCCUCAGUGACCUCA